AUGACUACUGUGACACGAAAGGAUUCAACGUCUUCAAUGACUAGUUCAGUUAUAUCUGAUGUCGGUGCAAAACCAACACAUGCACUGAUGGAAACUAAAGGGUACUAUUUUGUCAUACGAAGAACAUGGUUUGGUGUAGCUGUUAAAAGUCGGAAUAUUAAAAUUGGUGAAAAAGCAACGUUUAAAGAUGACGGAAAAGGUGAUGAAGGAGAAUGUGAGAGUCAGCAAACUGUGCUGGAAACUGGUGAUAAAAUAUUCGAUAAUGACAUUGAAAAUCACAAUGGAAAAUUGUCAAGACUUCCGGUUAAAAAAACGACACAGCAAAAAAACUCCAUUACUCCCGGUCGAAUCCGUCAUUCAUUACAACGUAUGCCAACAUCAGAAUAUAUAUCGAUGCCGUCAACAUCAGAUACACAGCCAAAUGCAAAAUAUCAAAUCAGUGAAAAAUCAGGCGCUAAACGAAAGCGAACAACGAGUGCAACAACACCUAUUUUAAGAAAAAGUCAAAAAGUAAUGAAUCAAGCAUUAACUAUUACAUCAAUAGCAAAACCAGAAUAUUAUAUUCAAGCAUUAAUUAUGCAUGAAAAAUAUAAUCUAUUAGAAAAUGAUGAACUUGUUAUGUGGAAAUUAUUUCAAUACAUUGGUGAUUAUAAUCAAGUAUGGUCUUAUUGUUCAAAAUCAUUAAAAAAAGUUCAGCCAGAAUCAAUGAUCAGUGAAGUUGUAAUUGAUAAUAACCAGGAAAUAAUUGGUGAUAUUUAUCGAUAUUAUGAUGAAAAGCAAUUUAAUUAUUGUUAUUAUUUAAAAACACUAAUUACACACGAAUCAAAUCCAUCAUUAUCAUUUAUUGAAGUUCUGGCCAAUGGAGUUCCGAUGAAAGCACUAGUUGAUACAGACUCUACCAUCUCCAUUAUUAGCACAACAUCAUUUCAAAGAAUUCGACACCUACCACCAGUCAAAUAUCGUUCAACUACUUGUCGUACGGCGAAUAGUACAGAAUUGCAAACUAUCGGUGAGGUAGCACUAAAAAUUAAAAUAAAUCAGUUUGUUACAACAGUUACAGUUCAGAUUGCUGAACCAAUUUGCACAGAUUUGAUACUAGGUAUGGACUCUAUUAGCUUGAAUAAUGUUUCUAUCAAUGGUGGUCAACAACGGAUUAUUAUAUCUACACGACGAGGUACAAAUUUUCGGAAUGUACUUAUAAGUGUUUACAGCUUAAUACAAAUAUUAUUUUUACAUUAUAUUUCUUGUAUAUUUUAUGGUAAAUAUUGUCAAUCCCCCAACUGUCCAGAAGCUUCUGACCCAGAACUUGGUGAACAAUAA